AUGACAAUUAUUCUUUCAACUGUUGCUCUAGUAAUUUUUAUUCUUACAUUGUUUAUAUACUUAAUACUAUCAGAAGAAUCAAGAUCAUCAGAAACUAAUGAUAUUUUUAAUUCGCAUGAUGAAAUUAUUUUACGAAAUCGUAAUAAUUAUUCAAUUCAUCAUAUUUAUAUUGAUAUUGGAUGUUUUAAUGGUGAAACAAUAGAACAUUUUAUUCAUUUUAUUCCUAAUAGUACAUUUUAUGAUAUUAUUACAUUUGAACCUGAUCCAAUUAAUUAUCAAUUAUGUAAACAACGAUUAAAAGAAAAAAAAUAUAUGAAUAUAAAUAUAAUUAUUCUACAAAAAAUUGUUUGGAUACGUGAUGAACAAAUUUAUUUUCAAACUGAACAAGGACGAUUAAGUCGAAUAAAUAUGAAUGCAAACGCUCUCAAUAGUAAUUCAAAAAAAUUAGAUGCUAUUGAUUUUUCAUCAUGGCUUGUUCGUUUAGUUAAAUCAAAAAAUACUAAAGUGCAUAUUAAAAUAAGUAUGCCUGGAGCCGAAUUAUUUCUUUUAGAAAAAAUGAUUAAUGAUGAUACAUUAAGAUUAGUUGAUAGAUAUGAAAUAGAAUGGACAGAUAGAGAAAAUCUUCGUACACGUCCUAUACGUCUUUAUAUUCAAUUAAUGCUUGAUACUAACGGUUUUGAUUGUCUUUAUUAUACAAGUUUGGAUGAUACACGAAAAAUAUUUCAAUUGAAUGAAACAUUUGAAAAUGUUACUAAACAUCAUGAUUGGAGAACAAUGAGUGAAUUUGAUACAUAUGCACAUUAUAUUCAACGACCCGAUGUAGAUCAUGUAUAA